AUGAGUAGAGCACUCAACCAGAUCUCCAAAUCACCUUUCACACGCAAGAUUGAGGGAGAAAGACUUCCUCGACAGUUCACUCAGCCCAUGUUCACCAUGUACAAUGGUCGAAUGGACUUUGUAGAACAUGUUAGCCAUUUCAAUCAAAGAAUGACUGUGCACUCCAAGAAUGAAACCUUGAUGUGCAAGGUAUUCCCAUCCAGUUUAGGACCUGUGGCGAUGAGGUGGUAUGAUGGUCUAGGUACAGGUUCCAUUGGUUCCUACAAGGAACUCACUCAGGCGUUUGGAUCCCGCUUUAUCAUGUGCAGCAGGGUUCCUCAGCCCAUAGAUUCCUUGUUGUCCCUGUCCAUGAGAGAGGGGGAGGCCUUGAAAACAUAUUUGAACAGAUGCUGGGAGAUGUUCAAUGAAAUAGAUGGUGACUUUGACGACGUGGCCAUCAAGACUUUCAAGGUCGGCCUGCUUGCCGAGCACAACUUAAGGAAGUCUUUGAUUGGGAAGCCCGUUACCAGUGUAUGCCAGUUCAUGGAUCGGAUUGAUAAGUAUAAAAGGGUCAAGGAGGACCAACAAUAA